AAUUUAUUUAUUGAUAUGUGAACAUUUCUACAUUUUCUUUAAAAAAUUUUUAAAAAAAAUUUUUCUUUUUCAAACUAACCCCAUCUCGCGUUGAUAACCCGUAUUAAAUGACAUUUUUGACAUUUUAAUUUCUCUUCCGCCGUUUCAAAUAACAACCAAUAAUUACACCUUAACUUUUCCCGAAAUAAUUGGAGAACUUGGAACUGCGAUUUUAGUGAUGUCAGCUUUAGCUAUUUUGGCAAAUAUACCGGUCGCAAAAAGUUUUUCUAAAGGAAAAGUUGCGAACGCAUCCCAAGAAAUGACGGCAAUAGGAAUUUGAACUUAACAUCCAUUAACUAUGUGGUCUUACCAUACUAAACUAGGCUUUUAAUUACUUUUCUUAAUUAAAAAACUCCUAUAUCAACCCAUCGAUAUCAACCUAACCUGGAAAGAACUCAACCCAAAUGCAACCUAACUCAAACGCCCAACUUGAAAACAAUCCAAUUCAGAAGGAACCCAAUUCAAGAGGAAUCCAACCUAAAAGCAGCAAGAUUUAUGCUUUGAUGGUUGAGAGGCAUUAUUUAGCAAGAUAUUUUUUCAUUUGCCAAAUUAUCAUUACGUAUGGCCUACUUGAUUAAGGUGGAAAACAUUACACGUAUCUCCAAGAAUUUCUUCAAUCUUGAUAAGUUUUCUUCCAGAAGAGACAGUUUUAAGGAUCAUUACUUGAUUGCUACAUCAAAUAUCUUCAAAUCACUAAAUUUGAAACUUAAAAUAUAUACAAAAAAAAGUAAAAAAAUCGACUCAAAAUAAAUUAAAUCCCAAGUUUUUAUUUAUUUCAUCUCUUUUGUGUUAUUACAAUUGCUUCAAGGACUAAUUUCUUACAUAACAUUUUUUCUUAACAAUACUUUAAUGAUUUUUUGUGAUUUUAUUUCCAGUUCAUUUUUAAUCCCACCAAAAGAACAUGCACAAAAAGCCCUUGGAUUUCCUCGUAAAAGUGUUCCCCAUUUUGGGAUGGAUCGGAGAUUACAAUGGUGAAAAAGCUGUGGCAGAUUUCAUCGCUGGAGUUACAGUUGGAUUAACACUCAUUCCCCAAACGAUGGCUUACGCCGCUUUGGCCGGAUUAGAACCACAAUAUGGCUUAUAUUCUUCACUUUGCGGUGGAAUUAUUUAUGCGAUUUUCGGGACUGUUCCGCAACUCAGCAUCGCCCCAACAGCGUUACUUUCUUUGUUAACGAUGACUUAUACGAGUCAAAUUAGUUUUGGAAAUGUUCAAGCAACAAUUUUGUUAUGUUUCUUUUCUGGACUCGUUGAAUUACUUUGCGGGAUUUUUCAUUUAGGAUUUUUAGUUGAUUUUGUUUCAACUCCCGUUGUGGUCGGGUUAACGUCGGCUGGGGCGAUUCUUAUCGCUUCUGCACAAAUUAAAAGUGUUUUGGGGUUACAGUAUCGAGCGGAAAAAUUUAUCGAUAUUUGGAGAAAAAUUUUUGAACACCUUGGGGAAACUAAUUUUUACGACGCCGCUUUAAGCCUGAUUUGUUGCUGCUUAUUAUUGUUAUUAAGGCAAUUAAAAGAUUUUUCUUCAUCUCCUGGUGAAAUGAAAAAGAAUCGUCAAAGAUCGUACAAAGUAAUUUUAUGGUUUAUUUGCGUUAGUAGAAACGCUAUUGUAGUUAUUACUAGUUCGGUUAUUGCUUAUUUUUGGUGUGUUGAUAAUCAAAAACGUUUCACAUUCUCAGGUCAAGUUCCUUCCGGAUUACCAACAAUAUCUCUUCCGCCGUUUCAAAUAACAACCAAUAAUCACACCUUAACUUUUCCCGAAAUAAUUGGAGAACUUGGAACUGCUAUUUUAGUGAUGCCAGCUUUAGCUAUUUUGGCAAAUAUAGCGGUCGCCAAAAGUUUUUCUAAAGGAAAGGUUGUGAAUGCAUCCCAAGAAAUGACGGCAAUCGGAAUUUGCAACUUAACCAGUUCGCUUUUAAGCUCGAUGCCGAUAAAUGCUUCGUUUUCCAGAGCGGCUGUCACUAAUGCAAGCGGGGUUAAAACCACUUUUUCGGGGGUUUAUUCAUCAAUAAUUGUGUUGUUAUCCCUCACCUUUUUAACGCCUUAUUUUUCUUAUAUUCCCAAAGCUGCUUUAGCUUCAGUUAUUAUUUGCGCCGUUAUAUUUAUGGUUGAAACAACGAUAGCGCACCAUAUUUGGAAAUUACAUAAAAUAGAUGUUAUACCAUUAACAUCAACAUUUUUCGCGUGUUUAUUCCUAGGAAUUGAAAUAGGGAUCGUUAUUGGGAUUUUUGUCGAUUUAUUAAUGUUGUUAUUUUACAUUUCAAGACCUAAAUUAGAAGCACAUCGAGUUAUUAUUGAAGGAAACGAGUAUUUAAAAAUCGUCCCCUCUUCGUCCAUUUAUUACCCCUCGGCCGAAUACAUCCGAAAUCGCAUCAUAAAAAGUGGGGUUUUAAUCGAAAAGAAUAAGGGGGGAAAAGUUGUGAUUAUAGAUUGUUCUAGAAUAAGUAAAACCGAUUAUACAACGGCUAAGUGUUUGGGAUCUUUAGCUGAUGAUUUACAAAAAGGCGGAAAAACUAUCGCAUUUUUGAAGCUUGAGCCGCAUUUAACCAAAAUGUUAUCGAAAACUUGUCGAAAUUGCAUUUUUGCAUUUACAGAUGAUGUUUUAGUGGAAAUUUUAAAAGAACGAAGAAAUUCCGAUAUUUUAAACAGUUACAAAAGCAUACAAAUAUCAAACGGAGAUUUACCAGCAAUUUUCGAAACCGUCGAGUCGAAAAUGUUAUCAAGAAAUUGCAAAAAAAAUUUACCAAAACUGAAGAAACAAAACAUGGCCAAAGAAAAACAAAUCCUAUUAAAAUUUUUAUACCAACGUUUUCCAAUCGUUCAAUGGGCACCAAAAUACAACACAUCGAAAUUAACCAGUGAUAUAAUAGCGGGAAUAACCGUGGGAUUAACCGUGAUGCCCCAAAGUUUGGCGUACGCCACAUUAGGAGGAUUGGAACCACAAUACGGUUUAUACUCAGCGUUUAUGGGUUGUUUCAUUUACGCAAUAUUCGGCGGUUGUAAAGAUAUAACAAUAGGUCCAACGGCGCUUAUGGCAUUAAUGACCUAUCAACAAAUCGCAAAUAGAAGCGUGGAUUACGCGGUGUUAUUGUGUUUCAUUUGCGGAUUAGUCCAAUUAUUUAUGGCGGUUUUAAAUUUGGGAGUUUUAGUCGAUUUUAUAUCGAUUCCCGUUACCGUUGGAUUUACCUCAGCUACUUCAGUAAUAAUUGCGGCGUCUCAAUUAAAAGGAUUAUUCGGAUUGAAAUACACCUCAUCCGGAUUUAUCGAUACCGUUUCGAAAACGUUUCAAAACAUUCAUAACACAAGAUAUCCAGAUUUAUUAUUGGGAAUAAUUUGUAUUAUUAUUUUAUUACUUUUACGAAAACUCAAAGAAUUUAAGUUUUAUGGUAAAGAUGAAAAACCGACGAAGACGCAAAAGUAUUUGUCGAAACUUAUUUGGUUGUUUGCGACCUCCCGGAACGCUUUGGUUGUUAUUUUUUCUUCUUUAGCCGCUUUUUUGUAUGAAACUAAAGGGAGUGGAUCUCCGUUUUUGUUAACGGGGAAUGUAAAAGCUGGAUUACCGCCGUUUAAGCUCCCCCCGUUUGAGACUAGCUUUAAUAAUCAAACGGUUGAAUUUUCGGGGAUGUUAUCCGAUUUAGGAGCUUCCAUGAUUCUCGUUCCCGUCAUUUCAGUUUUGGGGAAUGUUGCGAUCGCUAAAGCUUUCGGUAAUUCAUUUAAUUUAAUUAAAAAACAAUAAAAAUUAAAUCAUUUUUUUUAAGCAAGUGGACAACAAAUUGACGCAACCCAAGAACUUUUAACAUUAUCGUUAUGUAACAUUUUUGGCUCAUUCUUUAGCUCAAUGCCGGUAACGGGGUCUUUUUCGCGAUCGGCUGUGAACCACGCCAGUGGGGUACAAACACCUUUAGGAGGCGUUUUUACAGGGAUAAUGGUGUUAUUAGCUUUGAGUUUUUUAACUCCAUACUUCUCAUUCAUCCCGAAAACUUCGUUAGCGGCCGUUAUAAUUUGCGCUGUUAUCUUUAUGAUUGAAUAUGAAGUCGUUAAACCGAUGUGGAGGUCGAAUAAAAAGGAUUUAAUUCCAACGUUCGCCACGUUUUUGUUGUGUUUAAUCGUUGGGGUUGAACUAGGAAUCUUAAUUGGGGUCUCAAUCAAUUUAAUUUUUUUGUUGUACCCAUCCGCGAGGCCAAAAUGCACCGUGGAUAUUUUAAGGUCACCAACAGGAAACGAAUAUAUCUUAAUAACACCUGGUUACAGCCUAUAUUUUCCUUCAAUCGAUUUUAUUAAAUCAAACAUCGCCAAACAAGCUUUUAAUUCGCCACAUCUCCCGGUGGUUCUCGAUUGUCGAUUCGUACAAAAUAUCGAUUUUACAGCCGCUAAAGGGAUAGCAAACUUAAUCAAGGAGUUUUCGUUAAGAAAUCAACGAAUUCUUUUCUUAAACCCCAGCGAGGAAUUUAUUUUAGUUUAUAGAGGGGUUAUCCAUAAAGAUUUCCAAUACAUUUCUUCCAAUGAGGAGUUACAAAACGUUUUAGAAGAUAAUGGACCAUCAGAGAAUGACAAUUUGUUGACGAAUGGGGUUACGAUUGAAUUGAAGGAGAUUUUGUCUGGAAAUCAUGAAAAUAGUGAUAAAAAAUAAUUAAUUUAUUGUAUUUUUUAUAAUCCAGUAUUUGUAAAAGCAUAUUUUAAAAAAUAAAUAAAAAUAGGGCGACAUCUAUCGUUUAAUGGAGUAAACUCAAAAAUAAACGAGUUCGAAGUUUCUCCGUUAGCGUCAGGUAGCGCUGUAAUCAGUUUGUUU